AUGAGCAAUGACUAUUCCUGCUCGUUCCCGUUCCUUGAUUCUCAUGAGUUUGCGCGUGCUGCGUCGGCCUUGAUUCCGCGUCUGCAGCGUGCAGGGCUGGCUUGUCGUCUAUCGGGCCCCAAUGAAUGCCCCGAUGCUGUCGAGUUUACUGUCCUUCGCGAUACAGAUCACUUCACUGUUCGCACGCAGGCCCAUAUAGUGCUCUCUCCCGUCUACGCGCUGCCGACGCUGUAUUUCGUCUCGACCCUCACCGACGGCCUCACCUCCUCGACCCGAGCAAUCACCCUCGUCGACGAGCUUUACAAGUACACGAUCCCGCACUCUGCGCAGCCAAUACUUGAGCAUAGCGGUAUCUAUGGCAUGAGCGCAGUAUCUCAGGCUGAGAACCCCAUCACCAACCUGAUCGGGUUUUACGUUCACCCGUGUCGAACCGGGGAGGUGAUGCAGACAAUCAACCAGGACCGUCCUAUACCUAUCGAUGAGUAUCUCGUCGUGUGGUUUGGAAUCAUUGGCAGUGUGCUUGGUGUAGGAUUGCUGUAG